AGGAGCGGACGGUCUUGUUGUGGUCGGUGCUCGCGUACAGCGGGCGUGCCGUGAAGAUGCGCAUCGAGAAGUGUUACUUCUGCUCGGGUCCCGUGUACCCGGGACACGGGAUGAUGUUUGUCAGGAACGACUGUAAGUCAUUCAGAUUCUGCAGAUCAAAAUGCCACAAGAACUUCAAGAAGAAGCGUAACCCCAGAAAGACCAGAUGGACCAAAGCUUUCAGAAAGUCAUCAGGAAAGGAGUUGACUGUGGAUAACGCCUUGGAGUUUGAGAAACGCAGAAAUACACCUGUUAAAUAUAACAGGCAGCUGUGGGACAAGACAGUGGAAGCAAUGAAGAAGGUGGAAGUGAUAAAAUACAAACGACAGGCAAGAUUCAUCAUGAACAGAUUAAAGAAGGGCAAACAGUUGGAGAAAGAAGAGGCCAUCAACGAAGUGAAGAAAAAUAUUCACCUCAUCAAAGCUCCACAUGCAGGAAAGGCCAAACAAAUGGAAGAGAAAAUGGUGCAGAAAUUACAAGAGGACAUCGUCAUGGAUGUCGAUGUUUAAUCUUUUGGCCCAGUUGUUCUCUUUGUGUAAUGAAACUUGAGAGCAAGUUAACCUUGUUAUAUAUUGUAUUUUGUUAUUUCCAGAUAGCAGAAAGUGGACACAGAAAUUCAUUCAGUUUUUAAGUGACGGGAAAAAAACUGAAAAAAUAAGCCUGACAAGCAUCUGCCUCUGAAGCAGUAUCGGCCGACCACUUUUGUCCCAGUUAUAUUUCCUUCAUAGUAGUUGAGGCUGUUAUAAAUGUACUCAUUGCCGUGUUACGAAAAUGUUGAAAUGUAACCAAUAAAAACAACUUCUGUUGGGAA